AUAUAUCUAGGUGGAAGAGGGUAACAUUUGGGAAGUUUUGGAAGCCUCGAGGUCUUCUCAGAAUAGGAACGCGAAAGAUCGAAUGUUGAGGUUCCGAAAUUUCUUCUGCCGAUCGAAGCUCGCCGCCACCGUUAUCUGGAUCUCCGUUUCCGUCCUUGUCUACCUCGCGUUUCGAAUCUCCCUGGAGAGCUCCGAUCCCUCCCGGGCGCUCGUCACAUCCUCCGAUUCCGAGUCUAGGAUGUCGAUCUUGGAGCGGCGGAAGAUUUUGUAUGAUAAGAUGGCUAAGGACUUGGAUGAGCACGGCGCAGCAUUCUUGAAGCACGGAGAGACUUCACAGUCACUGUCGAUUUCAGAUCUAUUUGAGCAGAAAAAUGAUUCUGUUACUCCGGUGCUGAAGAUGGCGGACCCUCCUGUUCGGGCAACGGUGCUUCACUUGAACAGUGAACACUCAAUACCAAUUUCGGAAGCAGUUAGAGAGAUAUUUCUUCCCUAUUUUAACGGAGUUAUCUGGUUUCAAAAUGUGAGCAUAUACCACUCGAGCAUGUUUCACGCAUCCCAUCAUAUCACACCUGUAACUGCAACCGAUGAUGAGAUUGAAGAUGAGGCAAACACUGUAAGAGGUGUUGCAGAAGUUCUGUGCCCUCUGAAAAUUGUCUUGGAUAGAGUCGUGUUGACAUCGACAGGUGUGCUGCUGGGAUGCUGGCAGGUGACCUCUGGUACUGAUCCCGCUGUUAUUCGGGCUAAACUGAGAGACGCCCUUCCACGUGCACCUAAAAAGCAACUGUAUGAUUCCGUUCUACUUCAUACUUCAUUUGCAAGACUUCUUGGACGUCCUAAAAUCUUAUUGGAGAAGCUGGAAACACCUUCUAAUCAACUCCAGUUGUUUCAUGAGCUUGUUUCGCAGCUUAACAAGAAGCUUCAAGGUUUUGAGGCGACCAUGUCUGAGCUCUGGUUUGUGGAAGAAUAUGAUGUGCUGGCACUGGCAUUGAAUGGAAGAAUGAAGACAAGGAGAUUUCCUCUUAGUUGCACAGGAAAUUAAGCCUAUUGAAGGAGGUAACACGAAUUUCAUAUAUGUGAUGAUAUUGAGGUAUGAUGAUCUUCUAGAUAUACUGUUUGUUGAAGAACAUGGAUGAAACAACAUGCUGCCAAUGUAGAAGGGAAAACCAAGACCAGGUGAUGAGUGUAGAAUAUUCACUGGAGUUAUAGUGUAUCAAUAGUAACAAUUUGACUCAACUUUUGGCUAGUAGAAUCUCGAAUCAAUAAUUUGGCUGGUAGAUUUUGACUCUACUCAGGGCGACACAACAAAUAUCCGCAUGAUUUUAUACAACAGAUCACGAAAUCAAGAGCGAGCAAGACUUUUACCAAGGAUAUCAACAAGUUAAUUGGAAGGAAUUAGACAAAGCAAGAGAAGACCUUGGAGAUAGUGAUGAAUAAGAUGGCAAUUGAUAUUAAUUUGUUGAGUUUGCUUGUUAUAUAUGGGUGGUGAUUUUGUUAAUCAUUAUAUCUAGUGGGGAACUCUCUAGCUUUUGUCUGCAUUUUCUAAUGAUGAAUUUGCUGAUAUCCUUCUUCCUUAAUCUGUUAUGUCGACUCAAAUUGAUACCUGCUAUUCUAUCUUCAGUUAACGGGA